CCGAUCGUUUAGAAGGCCACCAAGGCCUAUAAAACCAUUCGGUCUCAGCCAAAGACACAUCAGUGACAUAGCUGACUCUCUCAUCGCAGCAAUGGCUUUCAAAACCUUCUUCGCCGCAGUGGCGCUUGCCUGUCUGUGCGUCGCCAUCGCUAGCCCUAGUGGACAGGGGCCAUGCAGUAGGCAGAACAUUUCAAACGUGCAGAAGCAGAUUGAAAUCUGCACGAGGGAUGUUACUUCUGACCGAUUCAACGACCCUGGCGAAGCUUGUGGCAGGGAAGCCGCAUUCCAUCUGAGGGCUGCAACCACCUGCUCGCUGGAUGACAUUCCCGGCCGGCUGCGCGUCUGCCUGAGAUAUAGGGGUGCCAGCGCCCUUAAGUAUGAUGAGGCAGAGGCUUGCGUCCAGCGCGCUCUUGACAUCGUCCCCACCGUUCCCACCCCUAAACCCGCCCCGAGUAAUAAGCUCAGCGCAGCAUGCAGCAGCCGGACGACCGAAAACAUCAACAAACUAAUUGAAAGCUGCACGAAGGACGUUCCUUCUUGGAGAUUCUGGCAACCUGCCGUCUAUUGUGUUAGCGAUAUUACUAACUUCAUCGACAGCGCUGUCACCUGCACACUGGGCGACCUUGUGCAAAAGCUGGGCGACUGCCUCAGUCGUCAGGCCGUCGAGAGCUCAAAACCAAAGGCGUGCCUCGAGCUCGCUUUUGUCAACGGAGCUUUGUAAAAAAACGGUCGCAGAAUAACACAUAUAAAUACAGCAAAUGUUUAAUUGCACGCGGUGGGGUGGUGGGGUUAGUGACAGGGACCUGUUGUUGACCACUGCAUUUUACGACUUAGUAAAUUAUGUCAUUUAUUAACAAUAAAGUUGUGAACGUUUCGCAAA